GUCAUAUCCGGUGGUCUGACCGCCGUGAUUAGCAGUGUUAGCAGAGUGAACCGUUAGCUGGAUCUAAAUAACGGCAGAAAAACAAACCGUCAGAAUUUAGUUCAGUAACCGGAGCAGAGAUGGACCCACACCGGAAGUUGCUGCCUGACGUCACGGACGAGGCUUUAAACACGCGAAGAAGAAGAAGAAGAGAGGUCCAGCAGCAGCUGUUGGUGGUUAAAGAAGAGGUUCCCCCUGAGCAGCAGGAGUGGAGCUCCAGUGUUGACCAGGAGGACCCAGAGCCCCCACACAUUAAAGAGGAAGAGGAGGAACUGUGGAGCAGUCAGGAGGGAGAGCAGCUUCAAGGGCUGGAGGAGGCUGAUAUCACCAAGUUCACAUUCACUCCUGUCCCUGUGAAGAGUGAAGAUGAUGAAGAGAAACCUCAGUCUGAGGGACACCACUGUGGAGGACCAGGACAAGGACCAGACAGGAACUCAGAGACUGGAGACUCUUCUGAAUCUGAGACUGACGACAGCGAUGAUUGGACGGAGACCAGAGAAUCUCCGUCAGGUGUAAAGAAACCGUUCAGUUGCUCCAACUGCAGGAAAACGUUCGGUAAAAGCGGGAACCUGAAGCAGCACAUGAAAUCUCACACGGGAGAGAAACCGUUCGCCUGCUCCGAGUGCGGGAAACGAUUCGGCCUCAAAGGGAACCUGAAGCAGCACAUGAGGACACAUACAGGAGAGAAACCGUUCGGCUGCUCCGUGUGUCAAAAAUCAUUUGCGCAGAGAGGAAGUUUACAGACGCACAUGAGGAUCCACACCGGAGAGAAAAUCUUCAGCUGCUCCAUCUGUCAGCGAAGCUUCUCGUGGUGUCAUCAGCUCAGGAACCAUCGGUGUGAGCGCCAAGGAUCCAAACCAACCAGGGACCGAGUCCUGCUGCCACGCCCACGCAGCGAUCAGCCCGUGGUGUUGGUGUACCUGUCAGGUACUCUGGACUCCUACUGACGUGUGUCAGGGACUCAAACUGUGGACUUCCUGUUUGACAUCAUCACUUUACCGUUACAGAACAAUCCUCUGAUGCUCAUGAAAAUGUCGGAAUAAUAACUCAACAAAUAAAAGGUGCUGCGCGGUGAGUUAGCAUCAGCUAGCUCACAUGGCUAACAGAUGACCUGUUAAUAAUGCUGUGUUCUGUAAAUAAAAUGAUGUUUAAUGAA